AUGCGCAACUUAUUGGAACUUGAGGCGCUGGCGUAUCUUCGGGUUAACACGAGCCUUGCGUACUCCGAGCAUUACCCCCGCGAAGCACUCAGUGCCGAUGAGACGCCAGCCAAGAUCUACAGGUGGGAUUGCGACGGAACAAUUGCCAGCGAGGGGCGAGGAGUAUUAACUGGCCACAUUGACACAGCCUUCGCCUACCAAAACGAGACUGAGGUCGGUGUCGGAAUCAAGGCUUCCGGUGUUCCCCGUGGGCAGGUCUGGCUCACCACCAAGCUCGACAACUCAUGGCACAAGCGCGUUGCCGAGGGCAUUGACGCCUCGCUCGAGAACCUGGGUACUGACUACGUCGACCUAUACCUCAUCCACUGGCCUUGCAGAACCAACCCAAACAUGAAGGAGGUCUACUCCGACUGGGACUACGUUGACACAACAUCGGUGUCCUCCCCCAAGUUGGUCGCCUAUAACACCUCCAAGGGCAUCCACUCCACCGCCUACUCCUACCUCGGCUCCACCACCUCACCGCUGCACAAGGACGCCACCCUCCUCGAGCUCGCUGAGAAGAAGGGCCGCUCGCCACAGCAGGUUAUGUUCGUGUGGAACAUCACCAAGGGCCGCAGCGUCAUCCCCAAGUCGGUGACUGCGGACCGCAUCCAGGCCAACUACGAGAUUGAUGGGCUUGAGUUGACUGAGGAGGAUAUCAAGGUUAUUGAUUCGAUGCAGGGCCGAGAUGGUAGUUUCUUGCCGCAGAACUACGAGAAGGUGUUCUACCACGACGAUGAGUAA